GGUGUGAGAGGGAGAUGGGGAGAGGCUGGGGAGACCGGGAGCAGGAGAUGGAGACGGAGAGAGAGAGGGAGAGACUGAGGGGGUGAGAGAAUGGGAGAAAUAUACAGAGAAGGAGGGACAAGGGAGACACACGCGCGCACACGCACACACACGCACACAGAAGCAGAGAGACCGAGCGAGAGCUGCUUCCUAAAGGGAAGUCAGUCCACUAUCCCACCGGCUGGCUACCUCUGACCUUUUCCGCAAAGAGGCAGCUGCAGGAGAGACAGCCGAGAGCCCUCCUCCUCUUCCUCCUCCUCCUCCUCCGUCCUCCCUCCCAUCUUCCUCUCUCCCUCCCCCCUUUUUCCUCCCCCUUCUUCCCCCUUCUCCUCCCCUUUCUUCCCCCUCCUCCCUCCUCCUCCCUCCUCCUUCCCCUUUAUCUCCUGCCACCCCCUCCCUCCCGUCCUCCCUCCCUCCUCCCCCGUCCCCAAAGCGCCUGCAUCCAUCCCCUCUCGGCUCCAGACUUGCGCCUCUUCCCCUGCCCUGCCUGAUGCUCUGGGUGCUGGGGGCGUGCCAGUGGAUGGAGGUCUCAAGGCUCUGAGACGACGACGGCUCUGGGAACCCCGCCGCCACCGCCGCCCACGGGGGAUGGCCCGGGCCCUGCCUGUCCAUGUGGAGUGACCGGAGGCGGGAUGACGGCCUGAAGGCGGCCGAAGCCCUCUCCCCGCGCUGGCCUAGCAUGGCGUUCUCCCAGUCCCACAUCAUGGCGGCCCGAAGGCACCAGCACAGCCGUCUCAUCAUUGAGGUGGAUGAGUAUAGCUCGAACCCCACGCAAGCCUUCACAUUCUACAACAUUAACCAGGGUCGCUUCCAGCCCCCACACGUGCAAAUGGUGGAUCCGGUCCCCCACGACGCCCCCAAGCCUCCAGGAUACACCCGCUUUGUUUGUGUCUCUGACACCCACUCCAGGACGGACCCCAUCCAGAUGCCCUAUGGAGAUGUUCUAAUACACGCUGGGGACUUCACGGAGCUGGGACUGCCCAGCGAAGUCAAGAAAUUCAACGAGUGGCUCGGAAGCCUGCCUUACGAGUACAAGAUCGUGAUCGCCGGGAACCACGAGUUGACGUUCGACCAGGAGUUCAUGGCCGACUUGAUCAAGCAGGACUUUUACUAUUUCCCUUCGGUGUCGAAGCUGAAACCGGAGAAUUAUGAGAACGUGCAGUCCCUCCUCACCAACUGCAUCUACCUGCAGGACUCGGAGGUGACCGUGAGGGGCUUCCGCAUCUACGGCUCCCCGUGGCAACCCUGGUUCUAUGGCUGGGGCUUCAAUCUCCCUCGAGGUCAAGCUCUAUUAGAGAAAUGGAAUCUGAUCCCAGAAGGAAUAGACAUUCUUAUAACACACGGACCGCCCCUGGGUUUUCUGGACUGGGUCCCCAAGAAGAUGCAGAGGGUGGGAUGCGUCGAGCUGCUGAACACGGUGCAGAGGCGAAUACAGCCCCGGCUCCACGUCUUUGGACAUAUCCACGAAGGGUACGGAGUCAUGGCCGACGGGACGACCACGUACGUGAACGCGUCAGUGUGCACUGUGAACUACCAGCCCGUCAACCCUCCCAUAGUCAUCGAUUUGCCCACUCCCCGAAACUCCUGAUCGCUCCAGGGCCCCGGGCCAUCCCCCACCCCCUUAGCAACUGUCUCUGCCUGGCUACAGAGGGCAGGCCCCGGCUCUCCCCAGGAGGCCGGCCCCAGCUUCUUUCACCUUUUCCUUCUGCACCGUCCCAUCUGGGGGAGGGGACUCGGGCCCUCGAGGGAGCCAAGCACCCGGGGUCAGGGCCCCAAGGCAGCUGGAGGACUGAGGGGCUGGGGUCCAUUCCUCUGCGUGUAUGUUCUAUUUAAUCUGUUAAAGGACGCCGCCUCAUGCCGCCA